AUGUAUAGCUGGGAAAAACCAUUGAGAGAAGAUAAACCAAGAAAAAAUCCCAGAAAGCCAUCAUUUUCGUCUACCCUUCUUGACGAAAUUAUGAAUUCCAUCGAUGGAAAUGACGAAAAAGGUGAGGAUUUUAAGGUAUACAAAGAGAUGCCCACAAAACAGCAUGGCGGUGGAUGGCCAAAAACUAGCAGCAAAGAAGAUGAAGAAAUAGGAAUUCUGUGGAGGGAGAAGGAAAUUAAUGAGAAAAUUAUUGCUCGAAGAAGGGCAGAAUUGGAAAAACUUUGGCUACAAGAAAAUGAGUUGGUGUUUUUCAGUUCAAAUUCGAAUUCUUCAGACAGUUCUGGAGCACUUUCUUCGUCUGAUUCAGAGUUAUUUUGGGGUUCAAAUUCAAUAAAGUCAAGAAUUUCUUGUUUUUCUGCACCAAAGCUCAAGCCGGUAAGAACAAGUGGGAGGGGCGAAAACCACUUAUUUCACGACCGAAAUAAGGUGUUUAUGUACCAAAAUAAGCAGGAAAAUAAAGUGGAUGACAAUGUGAUCAAAUCGAAAUCCAGGGCCUUGAAGAUUUAUGCCAAUUUGAACAAGAUGAAACAGCCUAUUUCCCCUGGAGCCCGCCUCACAAAUUUUAUCAACUCCCUUUUCGCGAAUUCGAAGAAAACAAAGAAAUCUAAUCCAAAUGGAGGUUUUGAAGAUUCAAACAUGGAGAGAAAAUCAAAAUCGCAACCGGGUUCAUCAACCUGUUCAUCAACAUCAUCAUUUUCAAGAUCAUGUUUGAUCAAAAAUCCCUCUAAAUCAGUGGAGAAUGUAGGAAUUGGCAACAGAAGGACGGUCAGAUUUCAUCCAGAUAAUGUCAUUGUUGAUGAAGAUUCUAAUUUUCUCCCUAGCAGCCACAAAACUGUGAAAAAAAAUGAAGGUUCUGAUAAAUUUGGAAGGCCACCAUUGCCUCCAGACUUGAGAUUUAGUCCAGGAGAGAAAAACAGAAGAAUUCAAGAUUCAACUCGAGAUUAUUCGAAGGUCUAUCCCAAUCAAAGGAAGGACGAUUUUGCGCUGUUCAAGAAUAUUCGCCAUAAAAUUGAAGAUUACGAAGAUGAAGACAACGAUGAUGCGGCAAGUGAUUCAAGUUCGGAGUUAUUCGAGCUUGAUCACUUGGCAUUGUUUGGAAACAAGAAGAAAUUUUCUCAAGAACUUCCAGUCUAUGAAACUACUCAUUUUGAUACAAAUCAUGCUAUUGCUAGUGGCUUGAUUCCAAAACUAUGA